AGUGGAGCCUGGAGCCUGGAUCGCCCCACACGCACGAUGGGGCUGCCAUGCCAGCAGGUUGCUCUAUUGCUUCUGUCACUGACCAACAGCACCGUUUGCUGAACUACUCCAGAGAUGUCCCACCUCUACGCCACUGCUCUUCUUGUCCUUGUUCUACUUCAAUUCCAGAGCAGUAUGCAAGGUCCUCACGAGAAACGACUACUCAAUCACCUCCUCAACAUGGACACCUACAACACGCUAGAGCGGCCCGUAGCCAACGAAUCCGAGGCUUUGGAAGUCAAGUUCGGCCUCACCUUACAACAAAUUAUCGAUGUGGAUGAAAAGAACCAAAUUCUCACAACCAACGCUUGGUUAAAUUUGGAAUGGAACGAUUACAACCUGAGGUGGAACGCGUCAGAGUAUGGCGGCGUCAAGGACUUACGAAUAACACCAAACAAGAUCUGGCGACCAGAUGUUCUCAUGUACAACAGUGCUGACGAGGGUUUCGACGGGACAUACCACACGAAUGUAGUGGUGCGACAUAACGGUAGCUGCCUGUAUGUGCCGCCGGGUAUCUUCAAGAGCACAUGCAAGAUAGACAUAACGUGGUUCCCCUUUGAUGACCAGAAUUGCAAAAUGAAGUUCGGUAGUUGGACUUAUGACGGAAGCCAGCUACAACUUGAAUUGAAAUCUGAAGAAGGUGGCGACCUUUCAGAUUUCAUAACGAAUGGAGAAUGGUAUCUCUUAGGGAUGCCCGGAGUGAAGAACGUUCUCACCUACCAAUGCUGUCCAGAAUCGUACAUAGAUGUAACGUUUACAAUACAGAUUCGACGACGAACUUUAUAUUAUUUUUUCAAUCUCAUCGUACCGUGUGUUCUAAUAUCGUCUAUGGCUCUUCUAGGCUUCACACUGCCACCCGACUCAGGAGAGAAACUAACGUUAGGGGUGACAAUUCUAUUGUCGUUGACUGUGUUUCUGAACCUAGUGGCAGAAUCAAUGCCCACAACCUCCGACGCAGUCCCUUUGAUAGGGGUCACGAUUUUACUAUCUCUGACGGUAUUCCUGAACUUGGUGGCUGAGACCCUGCCCCAAGUAUCCGACGCAAUACCCCUGCUAGGGACAUACUUCAAUUGUAUAAUGUUCAUGGUGGCCUCAUCGGUGGUUCUCACUGUUGUAGUCCUCAACUAUCAUCACAGAACAGCUGACAUCCACGAAAUGCCAAAUUGGGUGAAGAGUGUGUUCCUCCAGUGGCUGCCGUGGAUUCUGGGCAUGAACCGACCCGGCAAGAAGAUCACGCGCAAGACGAUUCUGAUGACGAAUCGCAUGAAGGAGCUGCACCUGCCCGACCGGUCGUCCAAGAGUCUGAUGGCCAACAUCCUCGACAUCGACGACGACUUCCGGCACUGUUCGACGGCCAACAGCAGCUUCAUGCGGGGCGGCGGCGUCGGAGGCGGCGGGGGCGGCAUCACUCUCGACGACUCGGGGCCGUGUACACUUGCCCAGCGCGAGUUGCAGCUGAUUGUGCGCGAGCUGCAGUUCAUCACCAAUCGCAUGAAAAAGGCCGACGAGGAGGCGGAGCUCAUCAGCGACUGGAAGUUCGCCGCCAUGGUGGUCGACCGCUUCUGUCUCAUAGUCUUCACCAUGUUCACCAUCAUAGCUACGGUCGCCGUCCUCCUAUCAGCGCCGCACAUCAUUGUUCAAUGAGUCUACCUACUCCUCUUCUCCCCCUUCUUCUACUACUUAUAAACUCACCUUACCCCUCCCCCCUAAAGUGACACACGUGUUCAGUAUAUUUUUCUCGAAUCAAGUGAAAAAACCUAGUGUAUUUAUGGAUAAUUAUCAGUGUUAACAAACUUGAAUAAUGGUGUCAAACAGAUUACGAUUCCAAUAGUUAUAAGAUAAUGUUUUUUCAAAUUUGUACUGACUUUAUGUGUAUAAGAGCUAGGGUGCUCGAAAAAUAAUAAUUUACAGAUUGCUCACAAGAAAAUUUCAUUUUCAACUAACAUUUUGAAAAAUAAAUACGUUUUAGAAGCCGUCAUGAAGUAAAGGCUACCUCAAUAUUAACAUAGUAUUGAAAAAGUACACGUUAUUGUAUUUUUCAAAAUUAGAAGCCCUCAUGAAGUAUAGUAUAGAGGCUACUUCAACUAACAUCAAAUGUGUUUUUGUGAAUAUAAUAUAAUAACAAUUAAAUUGGAAACGUCUUUUCAUCGUCUUCAUCUGCAAACUAUUGAAAUACUCCCUGAAAUCUUUUCAAGGAUUCUUAUAAAUGGAAAAUAUGUAAGUUAAUUAACUUCGCAAUCUACGGAAAAUUUGUCAUAAUUAUUAUUAUCAGAGGCUAGUACGCAGGAAAUCUUGAUGCAGUUAUAAUUUUUACACCCCGUUGAUGUAUUUUUACUUCGAGCAUGGAUAUACAGCUAACCUGUAACACUUAUAUUGAUAUAACUAUUAAUUCAACGGCUAUAAAAUGAGUAUAAUUUAUAUCUUGCAAUCAUUGUAUCAAAUUUUUGAAAGGAAAUGAAUCAAAUCCAAAUUCAAAAUUUCAAAAGAAAAUUAAUCAAAUUAAAAAAGGAACCAGCGACCAGCAGGUGGUUGCCUGAUAUACCAGAAAGUAUAAAUAUGUUGAUAGUCCUGGUACAUUUCAGUUCAUGCGAAUUAAUUUUAAUUAGAAACAUUAAAAAUGUUUCGCAUCUCUGGUUUACAUUGAAUUCUUCAAAUUUAGUACUUUAAACGGCUCAUCGAUUAUUAUUGAUUAUUGAAUCAAUAUCAAUCAUUAUUGGGGGUAGUAAUGGAAAUUGAAAUACACUCCUAAUUUAUAAAAAAUUAAUUUCUCAUACCGUAAUGAAUGAGAUAUUAUCCUAGUCUUGUAAAUAUUGUGAAAGUUGGUUGAAAAUGAUUUUUUCACAACAUAAAAUCUUCAGUUUGUUAUUCGAUGUUAGCCAUAGUGUGAGAACUGUAGAUUACUGGAUAAUUAUAGCUAUGAUAUAUUGUAUGUAACGAUUCGUGAAACGUAUUUUAAUAUUAAAAAUCGAAAUAAUAAAUUGAUGGUUAUGGAAUCAAAGGUUCAAUGGUUAUGUUUAACAGUGUAGUGAGCUUGAAGUGUUGUGAUUCAAGGGUUUAUUGUUAAAUAUACCGUAAUAUCAAUGGAUUAUACAUUUUAGAAAAAGGAAUGCUCACUUCGUAGAGCGACUGAACAUUCAAAAAUAAAUAAUAUAACAUAAUUCAGGGUUCUAUUCUAGUAACAUUAUUGUUGCCGUAACGUAUUUGGAAAAAGUAAUUUGAUCAAAUCGAGUCACUUCAUACCAUUACUAUGAGUAAGGAAACAUUACAUCAUGAAGAUAAUAUUUCAAAAAUAUGAUAUUAUAGACUAUUCACUGAAAAGAACUACAACCGAGUAAGUUGACAACUUGAUCAAAAUCCAAAAUGUAAUUAGUGCGAAUAGUUGUACUGUGAUAUGACAUAUAAAAUAAUCAGUAUUAAAUGAUACUACCAUUAACAUGAAACCUAGUAAAUAAAUUAUAUUAUAUAUUAUGUAAAACAAUCGUUUUAUACAUAAACAAGAGACCAAAAUAAUUGAAUUUUCCUAAUUUAAUUUUAUAAAUAAAUGAAUUUUAUUGCACAAGUUGUCGUCGUCAUGAUUGUAUUUAUAUCAUUUUAUAAUAUAUCAUGAUAUUCAUAUGUGGCCAGAUUACUAUAAACUAACUGUUACAAUGUAUGGUAAGACACAUCAUUCGAUAUAUUUAUAAAUAUAAUUUAUGUUGAAUUAUGUAAUAUAAUAUAUGUUGAUCGAUCUUGGAGAAUUCAUAACUUUAGUAAUUGUAAUAAUAUAUUAUAUCAUUUUCUUCAAAAGAAAAUGGAUUCAAGGAAUCGUGUAUAGUUACUUCAAUAUUUGUCAAAGUGAAAUUUAAAAUCGUAUAAUUGUUAGAAAAAAUAAUAUAUUGACCUUCAUAAAAGAUAAACUAAAAACAUAUAAUUUUAUCAUCUUUGAUACAUCUUAAACAAUACAAUUUUUUGUGUUUACAUCCCUAAAAGAUUUUAAUAAAAACGCUGUGUGAUUAAAAAAUAUACACCUAAUAAAGACCAAUAAUAUUAAUGCAACUGAAUAAAUAGGAAAUUAAAAUUACAAUAAUAUAUAGAUGACAUGACACAGUAAAACAACUUUUCAGUACGCGUAAUAAAUCUUUAAUAGGCUGCAGCACACUUGUGAGCGUAAUGUAUAUCAAGCCUUGCAUAAAUAGGCGAGUUUGAAUAAGGUGAAGAUGAUAUCUAGCACCCCUCAAUAGUUCUUACAACGAUAGAAAUGUAUUCUAAUUUUAAAUUUGAAAUAUAUUCGGGCCAGAUUCAAAGACAAUAGAGAAUGGUGACUUAUUGUUGCAAUAUUCUAAUGUAAAUUAAUAAAAAUUUCCAAUCAUUUUAUUCAUAAACAAUUGAAUAUAUAAGAAGAUGAAGUCAUCUAUUGUCGGACUAAUAACAUAGAAUGAGCAAUCUGGAUUCUUUAUCCUAUGCUAAUAAACUUCUUCAUGAGUAUGUAGCUACAAAUCAAAGCUUCUAUUCAAACCUUUUAGAGCAGUAAAAGUAUUUCAAUUUCAAUUUUAUUAACUUUGUUGUAGUGCAGACACUGUGUUACUUGUAUUAUAUUUGAAAAACACUUACUUUUCUUGGCGUAUUGAGCAAUGCAUUUCACUCCUGAGGAGGAAAGCCUGCCUUCAUGAGGCUAAUGAAGCUCCUCCUCAGGAGUGAAAUGCAUUGCUCAAUACGCCAAGAAAAGUAAGUGUUUUUCAAAUAUAAUACAAGUAACACAGUGUCUGAACUACAACAAGUUAUUACAUAGUGUUUCAUCAUGGAAAGCAACAUCAAUUUCAAUUUACUGAUGAUUCAUUAAAAAAAUAGUACUGUAGCUCAAAAGACACAAUAAUUUUGACUGUAAUUUGAGAUAGGAAAUGAACUGACAUUCCGUUACAGUAGGCCUACUUACUAAAAAGCAGUACUACUUACGAAUAAAAUGAUCUAAACAAAAAUUAACUUUCGAACAUUAGCUAUAUUGAGAAGCAAUUAUUUUUGGAAGAAGUACUUUAACCUGUGUCACAUGCUUAUCCAACUAAAGUUUAUGUCAUUCACAUUUCCCCAAGGUACCGAUUGAAGAAAUCAUGAUUUUGUGGGUAUGGAGCCCACUCAAUUCACAAGUGUGCUCAGUUUAAAAUUUAUUGGUUGUUGAAAUAAGAAGCAUCGAUAAUAUUGCAAUUUUAUUCAAAUUUCUCAUUAAACUUUCAUUUCAAAUCAAUUCAUUAUCAUAAUUUGAUUGUAUGGUAUGGUGUCCUCCAUAAUUGAAAGAAUAAGACGUUGAUGAUGUCAAUACCACUAUAUUUGUUCAAAAAUUAAUUCAAAUUACAGAACCAGAUUUCAUGGCAGGAAGAUGUGAUAGGUGUUGCCAUGAAACCUGGUUCUGUAAUUUGAAUUAAUUUUUGAACAAGUAUAGUAGUAUUGACAACAUGAAUUUAUUAUCGUUUAGUCUUCCUUUUGGAAUCCUACCAAUUUAAACGAGAAACAAUUAAAAUAAAAGUGAUAUUAAACUGUAAAGUAUUCUAACUUUGGCACAAAUAAAAUUGAAUAAAUGAAUAACGAAGACUAAUACAGAUAAUCAAGAUGAAUUCUUAUCCAUGAUAUCAUAAAAAAAUAGAUUUUACUGCACUCAUAAAAAUACACUGAUAUCCUCAUGGCACACUAAUUUACAUGAACAAAUUUUUUGAAUUUAUAUCAAUAUUCAGUGUGGGAGUUUACAAUAAUAUAAUGAGUACCAAAAUUUAAAACAUAACAUUCUAUAAAAAGGAAGAUUCUAUGUUGUAUGAGCAAGGAGUCAUUUUUCUGCAAGUAUUAUUAUUAUUGACAUUGAAUUAAGUGAAAGAAUAUACUGAUAAAAAAUGCAUAAUUGAGUAAUGAAUCAUUUUAAAAAUAUAUGAAUGGAAUCAAUUUCGUGUGAAUGGUACUACGGUAAUCUUACUACUGUACAGGAUAAGUUAGACGAAAUAUCCUCUUUGUUAAAGAAUUGCAUUUGAAGACAAUAAGAACCUCUUUAUGUUCACCCCGUCUGCUAACUGAUGCCCUGUAAUCCCAACCAGUGCAUCACGUUUCUCAACCUUCGACAUACCUUUAAAGAAGCAACUUGGAAACCCAUAAUUCAAGGAUAAGGCUCAGAAUCCUUGUAUGUUCCAAGUUACUUCUCUGGUGAGGUAUGAUUUCAGUCUUUCAAAUUUCGAAAGUAUCAAAUCAAACAAGAGUGUUUUGUCAUGUGUAUAAACUCUCCAUUAACUCAAAUAUUAUUAAUACUGGGUAGCCUGAAUUUCUGGAACUAUUUGGAAUUCCAUGUGAGAUGCCGGCAGAACGCAAACGGGUUGUGAAAGGAAUAUUUUUAUGAAACAUCAUUAAGGUUGAAAAUUCAGAGAGCCUGAACGUACCUAACUUGUUGCAUUUAAUGAAGCCAUGUGUGCCAUGGGAUAACAGAAUAAUGCUCAUUUUAUACAGGUUGUAAUCUAACUGGGUAUUUUGUUAUGAAUGUACUAGCGGAUUAAUAGCCAAAUAAAAUGGACUCAUCAAAUAAAGGUUCAUCGCCGUAAUGAACCAAUUGUGGAGAAAGCUUAAUCAACUAAAAUGAUUAUCAAUAGGUAGUUAUUACCUAUUCAAUAUUCGAUACUACAUCCAUUCUGGAGUUGUUACUAUGUACAUUACAUUGAUAUUUGCAUAUUUCAUUGAAUAUUGUAUUAGUGUGAAUGGAGUUAUAAAAUAAUUUACUCAUAGUAAAAGUAUACAUUACUGUCUCUUGAAAAAUCAGAUAUUCUCAUAAUCGAUGUGUUUUAUGAUAUUCUGACCAAAUGUUAACAUGAACAUGGUGAACAUGUAAUCAAAAUGGUUUGAUAAAAACGCAAUAAAUUAAAUAUUUUCAGAAAUUUCAUUAGAUGCCGUAUCUUUAUUUGUCGGAAAGUUUUCAAACGUUGGAGAUCAAGAAAUUAAACCACAAAACUAAUGUUGUGUAAAUAAAAUGUUAAGAAUUACAAAUAAACCAUUGCUCAUGCCGUUAGGAAAAGGUGACUGGCUCUUAACUUCACAAAGGCCUUAAUUCUAGGUUUAUAAAAAAGAAUAGUUAAGAUGAAUGCUUGUUCAGAAAUUUGUAAAAUACUUUCUAAAUAAUUAUCGAUAAUAGUAAUUGUUAUAUAGAUUCCAAAUUUAAAAAAUGUUAUUUUAAUGUUCAAAUACACUUAGUAAAAACUAGUUGUUUUUUGUAAAUCAAAAAAUGUAAGUUGAAUGUGUUGAUUAAAGAGCGUUUUUAUUUCUCCACGAUAUAUAACUAUAAAAAAAUUUAUAAACAUAAAAUUUAUACGAUAAAAACGUUGUUUAAAUAAAAAUUUGUGUUACAAAA